UUGGUUUGAGUUGGUUUGUGUCAAUUUCGAGUAUUCCCUUGCUUUAAUGUUGGUUUAUAUUGGUUUCUAUCAUUUCUAAUUUAUGUUUCCUUAAACCAUUUCUGAUUUGACGAAAUACCAUGUAUUUCAAGUGCUAAUUAUGUUUUCAUCAUAACUAGGGUUGGAUUAGCAUUAGUUUAAUUUUUGUAGGCAAAGAGGUUGAAAUCUCCAUUAUGCCCUCCCUGGGGUUUUUCAGCCUGCAAAUGUGGGGCUCCAUGUUGGCUCCAACUGAACGACUGACAUCACGAUUGGAGGGAAAUUCAAAAAAUGGACGUGACUGAUGCGAUUUGAAAGUAUAGGGACCAAUGUGAUUAAAAAAAAAAAAAGGGAUCAAACUGAUUAUAGCCCCAUAGUUCAAGAGACUAAACUGAAUUUAAUCCUUACUUUAUCUACUCGGAGUAGAGCUUGCAGAAUAUGAUGAUUCUGCUGAAUUAAUUAAUAUUUUGCAUAAUAUCGUCAGCAUUGAAAGGUGCGCGUGGUGUGCGAGACCUCCUCUGCUUAGUGCUUGCGUCUAGAUCUCUACCUAAUGGCUCAUUGGCUGUAGCUUUUCUUCUUCUUCCACUCACGGGGAGGCUGUGUUUGUUUUAUUGUUGUAAUUCAUAUUUUAGUUUGGUUAAAACGGUUUGGAUGAAAGUUAGAGAGCAAAGAGAGAGGGCAUAGCCGCGAAGCAAGAGGCUGUUCCCCCUCUCUCUCUCUCUGUACUCGUGUGAAGAGUUGGGUUUCUUGGCUGUUCGUAAUUCUAGGACCACCCAGAUCCUAAAAUCGCUCGCUCUCUCUCUCUCUCUCUGGAAUCUCUCUUUUCUAGAAUCCUCAAUCUGUUUGUUGCUUGUCUGUCACAACCCACAUUGGUGUUUCCAAGUCACAAGCCUGUCCUGUCCCGUCCCGUCCCGGGGCUUUCUUUCGUUGUAACUUGUUCUAUUUGUGGACUCAAAACACAUUCCGGAGCCUGUCGAUCCAUUUCAGUCUAUCACAUUCUGCAUUCUUCAGGCUCUGGGAUCUUUCAACUUUGUUCUUCUUGGUUGAAACCUUUGAUUGGGUGAUCUGGGGAGCCAUCUGAGAUUGUAUUUUAUCAACUGAUUCUGAAAUUAUAGCUUAAUGCUGCAAUGAGAUAUGGCAUUUUGCUUUGGGAACUAGAGGAUUAUUUUUGCUCACUUCUUUCUGGUUGGAAUAGGAACUGUCUGGUAGAAUUAUGGGAUGCAUUUGCUCGAAAGGGCUAUUAGCCAAUCAAUAUGUUUUGAAGAAUCAUCGUAGGGACAAAGAAUUAAAAUCAAAUAAGUUGUCAAAGGAAUUAGAUGGAGCAGCCGUCGGGGUAGAUGCUGGUGGAAAUGAUGCAACUACACGGUUGAUAACCAAUCAUCGCACCGAGGACAAUGCAGGGUCGACUCCCAUUUCAUCAGAUGAAGGGGAGAACAAGAUCGGGGUUACCAAAGCAGGGGCAACUGCUCCGAAAUUCCCAUCUGGGCUAAAUAGGAUAACUAGCAUAACACAUGGAGAAAGAGGAGCACAAGUUGUUGCUGGAUGGCCUUCUUGGCUCACUGCAGUGGCAGGAGAAGCAAUCAGUGGGUGGGUGCCUCGCAAGGCAGAUUCAUUUGAAAAACUGGACAAGAUUGGACAAGGAACUUACAGCAGUGUGUACAGAGCCCGUGAUCUUGAAUCAAACAAAAUAGUUGCAUUAAAGAAGGUGCGAUUUGCCAAUAUGGAUCCAGAAAGUGUACGUUUUAUGUCGAGAGAAAUUCUUAUUUUGCGCAGGCUUGAUCACCCCAAUAUCAUGAAGCUUGAAGGUCUGAUUACAUCAAGGGUUUCGGGCAGCUUAUACCUUGUAUUUGAAUAUAUGGAGCAUGAUCUUGCAGGGAUUGCAUCAAGACCUGGGAUCAAGUUCACUGAAGCACAGAUCAAAUGUUACAUGCAACAGCUUCUUCGUGGACUUGAACAUUGUCACAGUCAUGGUAUUUUGCACCGUGACAUCAAGGGAUCAAAUCUUUUGAUCGACAAUUAUGGCAACCUAAAGAUCGCUGACUUUGGUCUAGCAACCUUUUACCGACCUCGUCAAAAGCAGCCUCUGACUAGUCGUGUAGUAACCCUGUGGUACCGACCACCUGAACUUUUGCUUGGCUCUACAGACUAUGGGGUUUCUGUGGAUUUGUGGAGUUCUGGUUGCAUUCUUGCAGAAUUGUUUCAUGGGAAGCCUAUCAUGCCUGGAAGAACAGAGGUGGAGCAACUACAUAAGAUAUUUAAGCUCUGCGGGUCACCUUCUGAGGAAUACUGGAAGAGAUCAAAAUUGCCACAUGCAACGAUUUUUAAACCUACACAACCAUACAAGCGUUGUGUUGCAGAGACCUUCAAAGAUUUUCCGCGCUCAGCAAUGGCCCUGUUGGAGGUUCUUCUGGCAGUAGAACCUGACCGUCGUGGAACAGCUUCUUCUGCACUUCAGAGUGAGUUCUUCACAUCUAUGCCGCUUCCCUGUGAUCCUUCAACUUUGCCCAAGUACCCACCGAGCAAAGAGUUCGAUGCCAAGCUCCGAGAUGAGGAAGCUAGAAGGCGAAGAGCAUCUGGUGGUAAAGGACAUGGAGGGAGUUCCAAAGAAUCAAAGGCUGUGCCAGCACCAGUUGGCACUGCUGGGCAGGAAUCAACAGAGAACCAACAAGGGCAACAUAAGCCAAAAAGCAUCAGCGAGAAGUACAUUCCUGAAGAGGAUAGUGGCUCUGGCUUUCCUCUUGAACCUCCCAAAGGAGCCACAUCAAAUGGCUUCUCCCAUUCAGGCCAUUCAAUGCACCCAAGUGCAUAUGGAUCUACACGGAAUCUGGAGAUGCGAGGCCAGUCUAAGAAUGGUGCAGAGUUGAGAAGGCAGAACUCAUAUAUGAAUGGUGGAGCAGCCCAAUCUUCCAGAUUUUCCAGUUCAGCUUCAGUUCGAAGUGAUUCGCGGUUUGGUGGUGUUGUAGAAACUACUGCAAAUCCACACUGGCCAGAGGAGCGUAUUAACACCAGAUAUAAUCAUUUAGAUGACGGGAAUUCCUCUGCAAAACACGAUUGGUCCCUUCAAUUUCUGAAUAGGCCAAAGUCUUCACAGAGAAAGGAUGAACAGCCAUCUGGAAAGGAUUCAGCAAGGGGUUAUGCUACCAAGAAGAACCGGAUCCACUACUCUGGACCGCUGAUGCCCCCUGGGGGAAACCUUGAGGAGAUGCUCAAAGAGCAUGAAAAACAAAUACAACAUGCUGUCCGCAAAGCUAGACUGGACAAAGCCAACACCAAGAAAGCCUAUGGUGAAAAUGGACAAACCGAGUCCCUACUUCACAAUGUGAGAAACGGCAGGUGAUGGAAAAUGGAAACUUAUACUCCUGCAAUUUGGAUAGCAAGAGCUCCUUCGAAUGGAAAAAGUGCUAAUGUUAAAGAGAGAAUCAUUGGGGAACUUCACAAAUCUGGCCACCAAAAGAUAAAUGGAAUAUAUGGAGCUUCAUCAAGUUUCAUCGCGUCGGAUGCAUAUUCACUUUUGGAAGAUGAUGAGAAGGUCUCUGAGGUGGUGUUCAGAUGCUGGAGACAAGCUUGUGUACAGCUGAAACCUGAGUAGCUCAAUCAGCUUUGUCUUAUUCUCUGUAAAACUUGAAUACCCCCUUUUGAUCACAUCAAUAGAAGACAGUUUCUUGCUCCAAAUUCAUCAACAUAAUCCUCUCUUUUAUUUAUUUAGUUUUUUUUUAUGCUUC